AUGCGAUUUGAUCUCCCGAUUUGGGCAGCGGCCCUGGGGCUAACCGACGCGCUUGCUUCCCCCGGUACCGGGCGCAGAAGAGAUGAGAACGAAAGUGCCGCUCUCUCUGGAACCAAGAAGUUUAUUGUUGAAGUCGAACAAGGCGCGCAACUCACCGACCUAUCGCGGAAGAUCGAAGCCACGGGCGCGACAGUCCUCAAAUCCUUUAACAGCGAGAUUUUCUCCGGUUUGAGCGUCGAGUCGGGCAGUGACAAUUUGGAUACACUGCAGAGCCUUCGAGAAGUCUCGCAAGCAUGGCCGGUCAAGACAUACAAGCUCGCACCUCUCACGCCGCAGGCUUCUUUCAGCGACGAUGCGACAGCCCAGAACUGGUCCAUACACUACUCUACUGGGGUUGACAAACUUCAUGAAGCAGGUGUCUUUGGUAAGGGUGCUAAGGUUGCUGUCAUUGACUCAGGCGUCGACUAUCGUCACCCAGCUCUUGGUGGUGGGUUUGGUCCUGGAUUCAAGGUCUCUGGAGGAUAUGAUCUAGUCGGAGAAGAUUACGAUGGUUCCAACGAGAAAGUCCCUGACGAUGACCCACUCGACUCAUUGGGCCACGGCACACACGUUGCUGGGAUUAUUGCUGGAAAGAGCGAGUUCUACUCAGGGGUUGCUCCUGAAGCCGAAAUCUUCGCCUUCAAAGUCUUUGGUGCUUUCGAGGGUACCGAUGAAGAUACGCUUAUUGAUGCAACCAUCAUGGCCUAUGAGGCAGGUGCAGAUAUCAUCACUGCAAGUAUCGGGCGCGCAGCUGGUUUCUCAGAUGGUCCCUGGGCAACUGUGGCAUCCAGAAUCGUAGAUCAAGGCGUCGUUGUCACCAUCGCCGCCGGCAACGAUGGCGAUGAAGGCCCAUUCUACGCGAGCAGCGGUUCGUCAGGAAAAGAGGUCCUAGCCGUUGCCUCCGUUGACACGAGCCGAGUACCCGCCACGCCGUGGCACGCAACCUUCAGCGCAGAGGGUGUCUCUAAUACGACACAGCUGGCUUAUAUCCCACCCGUCAACAGACCACUGUGGAACGUUACCGGUCUACCCAUUGUGCCCCUGUCCUUCGACACCAAGGCAUCAGCUGAAGCUUGUAACUCACUGCCAGAGACAACGCCAGAUCUCUCCAACGUUAUUGUCCUCGUCAGACGAGGAGGCUGCACUCAGUAUGUGAAGCAGACGAACGUUGAGAAGUUCGGCGCAAAGUACAUGCUCAUCUACAACGACGACUACCGACCAUUUGAGCUGGUCGCUAACUCCGCAUACAAAUCACAAAUGGCCCUCAUUGACGCCAAAGCCGGUGCGGCGAUCAUCGAAACAGUCAAGGCAGGCGGCAACGUGACUGCAGACUUCACCAACCCUGCAGAUCCCAACUGGGCAGUUGGUUUCUUCGACGCGGCCGGUGGGAUCCCUUCACAGUAUUCCAGCUGGGGCGGCACCUACGAGCUGGAGAUAAAACCCGAUAUUGCCGCUCCUGGUGCCAGCAUCUACAGCACCUAUCUCGACAAGACAUGGAAGGUCCUUUCGGGUACGAGUAUGGCUACACCCUACGUUGCAGGCGUCGCUGCGCUCUACAUAGGCAAGCAUGGGGGCCGCUCAGUACAUGGCAAGGGAUUUGCCAAGGAUCUCUCAAGGCGCAUUAUCUCCUGUGGGGAGUCUCUUCCGUGGCAAGCCAUUGAGCCUCAAGCAUUACCAACCGACUUUGGCUUUUUCGCACCCGUCGCGCAAGUUGGCACUGGCCUCAUCAAUGCCACGAAGUUGUUGGAGUCAAGGACUUCGCUCUCGUUUGAGAAGAUGGCACUCAAUGAUACAAGAACAUUCACAGGCAGUCAUAAGGUUGACAUCACUAACAAUGGCGAUGACGCUGUGGGCUAUACAUUCGCUGUGGAACCAGCAGGAGGGUUCAAUGCACAAGGCAGGAAUGCUCAGAUGCUUGCAGAUGUGCUUGACGUCAAGCCUAUUGAGCUUGUUCCCGAAGUUGCACUACCCACUGAUCCUUUCAUUGUCAAUCCUGGAGAGACAAGAACAGCUGAAUUCAGCUUCAAAUAUCCCCAAGUUGACGACGAGUCCAAAUUGCCUAUUUACAGUGGCAAGGUCAUCAUAUCUAGCGGAAACGGAGACGCUCUCUCAGUUCCGUAUCUUGGUGCCGCAUUUGACCUCAAAGCUCAAAUGACCGAGAAAAUGUUCCCAGAUGGCUAUCCUUUGCAAAGAUCCGGCCCCAGCAGCCUGGGUAUUGAGGCGUAUCAUACUUACGCAUUCAACACCAGCCGGGCUGCUCAGGACUUUCCAAAGGUUCACGUUCAGUUCAAGUGGGGAACAAAGGAGCUGCGUUGGGAUAUAUUUGAUGAUACAUAUGAAGAGAGUCAAUGGAAGUAUCCGCCGGUGGUAGGCCAGGAUGGGUACAUUGGCUCCGCCACAUACUCGACAUACUCCGUUGGUGCGAGCACUUUUGAUCCAGCGACGAUGGACAGGGACAAGGUGCUGCCCUUCCCCAUCCGGGGAAUCGAGCGCACCACGUCAUGGAGUGAGUUGACUGAUCGCUUCUGGUGGCUUGGAAAGUUGGCAAAUGGCAGCUACAUUGCUGCAGGAAACUACACCAUGCGCUUUGCAACUCUCCUCCCCUUUAGUGAACCUUCGGAGUCGGGUAGCUGGGAUAUCUGGAAGACACCCCAAAUCACCAUUUUGCCUUAUGCACCAUGA